AUGGUCCUGGCCACCUCGGUCGAGGCCAAGAAGGGUCUGCACGGCAAGGGCUUCACAGGCGACGGCGUCUUGGGCGCUGGUGCUCAGUUCCUCGGCGGCGUAGUCGGCGGUGCCAUUGGCCGCCGCGGCAUUCACGAGCGUCGCCAAACCGACCCUCUCGACUCUGUUCCCGAGUACAACUACGACAUGUGCCGCGAGUCUCUCAACGGAGCCAAGCUCAGCUUCACUCCUGCUGGUCCCGGUGGCUUCCAGGUCGCUGGUGUGCCUUCUACUUGCAUGGUUCUCGCCACUGCUUUGACUGGCAGCUACAAUGCUGGAUACCCUGUCCCUCUCGGUGCCGAUUCCCUCAGAUUCAGCGGGUUGACUGAUGCAGAGCUCCAGCAGCUCCAGUCUUACUUCCACUAG